AUGAUGUAUACUUUUGAAAAAAAAGAAGAAGAAAGGUACCUGACUAAGGCCAUCUAUGCAUAUGGGAUAAAUAAAAAUAUAUAUAAUCCCUUUUAUAUAUUAGAUGACAAUUCAAUUUUUUACUGUGUAGGUACAAAUGGAGUUUUACAUUCCAUUAUAGAAAAAAAACAAAAGUUUUUAUUAAGUCAUGAAAGUAGUUAUGGUAUCAUAUGCUUAGGUAUUAGUUUUGAUAAGAAAUUACUUGCUUUAGGAGAAAAAUCUGUAAACAAGCCAUAUAUUUCUAUUUUUUCUAAUGGUACCCAUAAAUUGAUAAAAAGACUAACUUUAGAUAUAUCUGACAAUGCAAGUAGAAUAAUGAAUAUAUGUUUUUCUUCUAAGAAUAAAUAUAUUUAUUGUAUAACUAAUGGAAAUACUAAGAGUUUAUUUUUAUGUUAUGAUUGGUUAAAAGAAAAAUUAAUGUUUAGCAAAAUAUUCCCCUUUUCUCUUUUUAGUAACAUAUGUGAAAUAUGUAUAAAUCCACACAAUUCUUCUUACAUAGCUUUAUUAUCUAUAAGUGUCUUAAAAAAUGUAAUAGAUAUAGAUCCUAUAAAUGAUGAGGUGAAAACAGAAGCGUGUGUGUCUAUGAAUAAUGAUAAAAAGAAAAAAGACCGAAAAAAAGAAGAUGUAAAAAAUAAAGAUAAUUAUAAUGUUAAUUGUAACAAUAAUAAUAAUAUGGAUAUCAAUUCUAUUGACAAUAUAGAUGAUAAGUCAUCUAAUAAUGAAGUUAGAAAUAUAUUUCUUUAUCACAAUGUAGAUAAAAAUUUAGAUGAUAUUGUGAUAAAGAAUAAGAAACUGGAAAAGAUUGAUAAUAAUUUUACAAAUUGUUGUUGGUUAAAUGAUGGUAUAUUAUUACUUAUUAAUAAAAAUAAUUAUAUAAUUUUUUAUGAUGUUAAAAAAGAGAAAUUGAAAAUAUAUAAUAAACAUGUUAGUAGUAAAGAAAUAAUAAAGGUUAUAAGUAUGACUAAAGGUUUUGCAGUAUUUGAUAAUUAUUUUAUUUAUGUAUAUGAAAAAUCUUCUGACUUAAGUAUGCCUUUAUGUUAUUUAUUAAAAUAUUAUGUGCGUUUUAAUUAUAAUAUAUUGUAUAAUAGUUAUUGUUUAUUUUCUCCUUGUGAAAAGAUGUUAUAUUUUUUGGAAAAGGAUGGAAAUAUAAAAAGAUAUGAUGUGGCUAAAAGGAAAGUUGCAUUUGUAAAUAAUGAAAAAGUAAAUUAUGAAAGUUUAAGAAAUAAAACAAAUAUGAAGGAAGAUUUAAAAACUACAAAUAAAGAAUGUGAUGACACAAAUUUAAUAAAUAAUAAUAAUAAUAAUAAUAAUAAUUAUGAUAAGAUAAAUUGUACUAGUUAUAUUCACAAGAGUUGUAAUGAGAGUUUCUCAGGAGAUGAGAAUGGAAAAGAAGAAGAUCAUUUCGAUCUAGAAACAGUUGUAUAUAAUAUUGGAUCUAGUAAAAUUAAUGAUUUUGAUGUUUGUUUAAAACAUCCAUUAAUAAUAUUAUGUUAUGAAGAUAAUAUGAUAAGAAUUCUUAAUUAUAGGAAAAAAGAAGUAGUAUUAGAAAAUUCAUUUAAUAAUGAACCUUUACAUUUAUCUAUUCAUUGUUCAGGACAUUUAUUAAUGGUAGCAUUUACAGAUAAAUUAAGAAUUUUCCAUAUUUUAUAUAAUAAAUUGAAAAUAAAAAAAGAAUUUUUUUUAAAAAAUUGUUCUUGUUGUAAAUAUUCAAAUGGUGGAAAUUUUAUGGCAGUAUCUAAAAUAUCUACUAUAUAUAUAUAUAAAACUUAUACAUAUGAACUUUUAUAUGUAUUAAAAUCUCAUGUUAAUUAUAUUUCUGAUAUAAUUUGGAGUAGUAAUGAUUUCUCUAUAUUUUCUAUAGGACAAGAUGGAUAUUUUUUUGAAUAUUCAUUAUAUAAUAAUGGAAAUAAAAUGAUUGAGGUAUUACAAAAAGAAAAAAAAUUUUUAUGUAUUGAUCUAGAAUUCCUAGAUGAUAUGAAUAAAAAAAAUGUAUAUGGAGAAGGUAAUAAUUUGGAUAAAAAACAGAAAAAGUAUGAUAAUGAAUAUAAAAGCUUAAAUAAUUUAUCUUCAAAUGAAAUUAAAAAUAUAUAUAUAUCAUCUGAUGACAAAACAAUUAAACAGUUUUGUAAUUCAAAAAUGGAAUGUGUAUUAGAAUGUGAAUAUAUAAUAAAUAAAAUUUUGUUAUAUAAAAAUAAAUUUCUUAUAGCUACAUAUCACAAUGGAUAUUUUUCGCGUAUAAGAUUUUAUACAUUACCUUUAUCUGGAAUAUAUUUAGAAAUUCCAUGUCAUAUAUUAAAUUGUGUUAAUUUAAAAUUUGAUAUAAAUAUGGAAUUACUUUUUAGUUGUUCAAAGGAUGGUUCAAUAUAUAUCUUUUCGAUUGAAAAGGUUGAAAAUGCUUUUAUAUUUUCGCAAAAUAUGAAAAAUAAUCAGGUAGAUAUAAAUAAAAAUAUAUACCCAAAUGGUAAUAAAUAUAAUCUACAUGAUCAAAAUGAAACCAUAAAUUUGUAUGAACAUAAUAAUAAUGAUAAUAAAACAAAUGAGACAUAUGGGGAUGACAUGAAAAAAAAAAGGGACAUAUUAAAUAAUGAUGAUAUAGACAGAAUUAAUAAGAUAGAAAAUAAAAAAAAAAAUGUUCAUUUGCACAAUGGAGAUGAUAAUAAUAAUAAUAGAGGUGAUAAUUUAAACAGUUGUAGUGAACAUAUGAAAAAUAAUAAUAAUAAUAGUAAUAAUUCACAUAUAUUUAAUAGUCCUAUUCAACAUAAUGAUGGUGGUGGUCAUCAUGAUGACUUAACCAGCCCAAAAGAACUUUGCCUGUCAGAUUUAAACAACGAUUCUUUUAAAAAUGAUGAUAAUAAAAAUGUUAAUUUAUCAAAAGAACAAAUGAAAUUAUUACAAAAUAAUAUUUUGCUAUACGAUUUAUCAAAUAAAAUUAAUUAUUCCCUAAAUGAAGAAGAAAAGGAUAAUGAAGAAAUAUUAAUCGAUUUUUUUUAUGUACAGAAAAAAAACAAAGAAUAUUUAGAACUAGAAAAAAAAAUUAACAAUCUCAAAAAUCAAAUGGAUUUAGAAAUGAAAAAUAAAGAAUCUAUUUAUAAAAAUGAAUUGAAAAAAUUAAAAAAAGAAAAAAAUUUAGAAAUUAGAAAUUUAAUGAAAAUAAAUAAAAGUUUAGUUAAAGAAAAAGAAAAAAUGGAAAAUACAUGUAAAGAGUCCUUAUAUGAAUUAGAAGAGAAACAUACAUAUUUUGUAAAUCAAUUGAAUUCUCAAUUUUAUUUAACAAAUAAAAUAAGUGAAGAGAAAUUUUUAAAAGUACAAGAAGAAUUUAAUUUAUAUAAAAAAAAUUCUACCACAGAAAUUUUGGAACUUAAAAAUCAACAUCAAAUACAAAUAAAGGAAUUGCAAAGAGAAAAAGAUGAACAAGUACAAAAAAAAGAAGAUUAUCUGCAAAAUUGUAUAAUGAAAUAUGAUAAUUUACAAAAAGAAAAAGAGCAAUAUAUUAAACAAAUGGAAGAAGAAGUAGAUGAAGAAAUAUUAAUGAUAACAAAAAAAUAUGAAAAUGAAAUUGACCAACUCAAAAAAGAUAAAUACGAUUUGAUGGGGAAGUUUAAAUUAUAUGAACAUAUAGAAAGUGAAUUAAAGGAAAAUAUACAAGAGGAAAAGGACAAAUUUAUUAAAAAUAAUAUUACUACUAAGCGAUUACACGAGAAUAUAGAUAAUCUAAAAGUGGACCUAAGCAACCUGAAAGAUAAUAUCGCUAGAAAAGAAAAAGAAAUUGAAUCUAAAAAUUCGGAAAUUAUGAAUUUAAAUAAAAAGAACGAAGAAUUAGAAAAGGUAAAAAUUGUGCUGACCCAAAAAAUAAAAAAUUUAGAAUCUAAUUUAUCUCCAAAAGAAUCUGAGAUAAAAGUAAUGAGAGAAAAAAUAGAUGAAAUGGCUAAAUGUUUUGAAAAUAAUCAUAAGAAAAGAGUUAACCUACAAAUUGAAAUUAAUGAAUAUAAAAUGAAAAUAAAAUUUUUACAUGAUGAUUUAUUAAAUUAUAAUAAAACUAUAAUGAAUUAUGAAAAAAUACUUAAAAAUUUACAAGAUCAUAUUAAAGAAUGUUAUUUACAUUUACAUGAUAAAAAAAUAUUUAAUUCAUCCUUUUUAAAUUUAUAUAAUAAAUUUCAUAAAGUAAAUGAUGUUCAAAAUUAUGAUGCCAAAAAUGUCUUUUCUGAAUAUAUAAGACAAAAAGAAUAUCUAGAAAAUAUGAUUGAAGUUUUAAAAGAUAAAUUACAUAAGGAGACAGAAGCUUUUAGGAAUGAAAAAAUCAAAAUGAUGAAUGAAAACUCAUUACUUUUAAAAGAAAUAAAUGAUUUAAAAAUGGAUUUAAAUUUUCUUAAAUCCGAAUGUCAUGAAGCUCAACUACAAAAUAGAAAAAUGAAAUUUUUAAAAAAACGUAGUGAAAGUAAGGAGAGGAAAAAAGAAAAAAAAGAAAAAAAAGAAAACAAGGAAAAUAACGAAGAAAAAAAUAUAGAUAUACAAUAA